AUGGAUACAUCAGUACUCUUUUGUUUUCUCAUACUACUCACAAUAUCUCAUGCCCACACUACUAAAAACACAAGCAUUACUCUCACAAACAACAAAGCCCAUGAAUUAGUAACCGAUGCACUAAUCCACAAGAUUUGCCCGAAAACCGAAAACCCUGCCCUUUGCAUGCACCACCUGAGCCGGUUCAAAGGCAAGCCCGUUAUUCCAACAACACUAACUAACUUAAUCGGGCUAGCAAAACACCACGCACAAACGGCCAAAGACAAGAUUUCGGGCCUUUACAAAAAAACCGAAGAAAACAAACCCGAAUUAAGACUGAGGUACCAAAAGUGUAUCAAGACUUACGCGGAUGCUCUGGGUCAAAUGAAUAGAGCUAUUUAUGGGUCAAGGGACUAUCGAAACUUAGGACUCAUCAAACAACAUGCUUUGAGAGUCAUAUCCAAUGUUCAAUCUUGCACGAUGGAAUUGGCUAAACACAAGAGCGAGACUUUGGGUGUUAUCAGUGAUAACCGCAUGUUCCAAGAUAUUGGAAGUGUCAUAGUGGGCAUAUGUUUGAUAGGGACAGCAAAGCACCAGGCUCAAACAACAAGGGACAACAUUUUCCGACUCGAUGAAAAUAUUAAGGACAGGAAUUCCGAACUCAAAUCGAGCUAUCGCAAGUGCUUGGAGAGAUACAAGAAAGCUGCCAAUCGACUCGAAGGAGCAAACAAGUCAUUCACGAAAAACCCCAAAGAAAUUGGAUUCGUCAAGAAAUUCGUUUCGGAUGCAAUGUCUGAGGCUCAGUCCUGCAACAAAGAAUUGUCUCGUCAAGAAAACGAGCCAUCUAACGUAGCUGGUGAUAUCCAGAAGUUACAUGACCUUGGUAGCAUCAUCGUCUUCUUAUGUGAUCAAAUAUCAACUGGUCGAAUUUCUAGUGACGUUAAUUAG